ACAGGACGCAGCAACUUACAGAGCAACCAGGAUCCAGAAAUCGCUUAAGAGACCGCGGCAAAGUAACUGAACUGAAUUGCCUUCUUCCAUAUUUUCACGCCCCUUUCAUCCAGAACGUUUUUUCUCGAACUGCUUCCAUGGAAGACUCAACCACCCCGAAGCUAGAAAAAGAAAACCAAGAAGAACUACAGGAAGCAAGGCGAUCAUGGGAAGGAAAGACAGCAGCUUCUCCCCAGUAUUCUGAGCCUGAGUCGUCUGAGCCCUUGGAGGCGAAGCAGGGGCCAGAAACUGGACGCCAGUCCCGAAGCAGCCGUCCUUGGAGCCCCCAGUCUACAGCCAGGACGCCUCUGGGUGGCCCUGCGGGGCCAGAAACAUCAUCACCUGCUCCUCUCUCUCCGCGGGAGCCCUCUUUCACUCCUUCUUCCCCGGCUCCGGCCAGACAAGACCUCGCGGCACCACCUCAGGCAGACAGGACCACAAGUGUGAUUCCUGAAGCUGGGACAGCUUAUCCUGAUCCUUUGGAACAAUCAUCUGAUAAAAGAGAAUCAAUUCCUCUUCACACAAGCCAGUCAGAGCGAAACGCCUUUCAACAGUCUCAGCAACCCAAACCCCACCUGUGUGGAUCAAGGGACGUGAGCUAUAACAACGCUAAACAGAAAGAGCUGAGAUUUGACGUUUUUCAGGAGGCAGACUCAAACAGUGACUGUGAUUUACAGCUGCCUGCGCCUGGGGGCUCUGAAGUGGCCCCCAGCAUGCUUGAGACCACCAUUCAGAAUGCUAAGGCUUACCUGCUGAAGACUAGUAGCAAGUCGGGCUUUAAUCUAUAUGAUCAUCUUUCUAAUAUAUUGACCAAGAUAUUAAAUGAGCGUCCUGAAAAUGCUGUUGACAUCUUUGAAAAUAUUAGCCAAGAUGUGAAGAUGGCACAUUUUAGUAAAAAAUUUGAUGCACUCCACAAUGAGAAUGAGAUGCUUCCAAUAUAUGAAAUAGCAGAAAAGCAGAAGGCUCUCUUUCUCCAGGGACAUUUGGAAGGAGCUGACCAAGAAUUGGAAGAUGAAAUAGCAGAAAAUGCUCUUCCAAACGUAAUGGAGUCAGCUUUUUAUUUUGAACAAGCUGGAGUUGGUUUGGGCACAGAUGAGACGUACCGCAUAUUUCUUGCCCUCAAACAGCUUACUGACACCCACCCAAUCCAAAGAUGCCGCUUCUGGGGAAAGAUCUUGGGUCUGGAAAUGAAUUAUAUUGUAGCUGAAGUGGAGUUUCGUGAGGGGGAAGAUGAAGAGGAAGUGGAAGAGGAAGAUGUGGCUGAAGAGAGGGACAAUGGAGAAAGUGAAGCUGAUGAAGAUGAGGAAGAUGAAUUACCAAAGUCCUUUUACAAGGCCCCGCAGGCUAUACCAAAAGAAGAAAGUAGAACAGGUGCCAACAAAUAUGUCUAUUUUGUUUGCAAUGAACCAGGAAGACCAUGGGUGAAGUUACCACCAGUUAUACCUGCACAAAUUGUUAUUGCAAGAAAAAUCAAGAAAUUUUUCACUGGGCGAUUGGAUGCUCCCAUCAUAAGCUACCCACCUUUCCCAGGAAAUGAGAGUAAUUAUUUACGAGCGCAAAUUGCCCGAAUUUCAGCAGGAACCCACGUCAGUCCUCUAGGAUUUUAUCAGUUUGGUGAAGAGGAAGGAGAAGAAGAAGAAGAGGUAGAAGGUGGGCAAAAUAGCUUUGAGGAAAACCCUGAUUUUGAAGGCAUCCAAGUGAUAGAUCUAGUAGAAUCCCUAUCCAAUUGGGUUCAUCAUGUACAGCAUAUUCUCUCUCAGAGAUUCAGAAUAUACCCCCUUGGACAACACGGUUAUCCUCAGAUCUCAUUCCACAAUAUGCUAUUGCAGUCCUUCAAUCCAACCUUUGGCCUGGAGCAUAUGCCUUCUCCAAUGGCAAAAAGUUUGAAAAUUUCUACAUAGGUUGGGGUCAUAAGUAUAGUCCAGACAAUUAUACACCCCCAGUUCCACCACCAGUUUAUCAAGAAUACCCCAGUGGACCAGAAAUUACAGAAAUGGAUGACCCCAGUGUGGAGGAGGAGCAAGCUUUCAGGGCUGCACAAGAAGCAGUUCUACUUGCAGCUGAGAAUGAAGAAUAUGAGGAAGAUGAAGAUGAGGAAGAUGAUUAUGACUAAUAAACAUAAAAUUAGCCUGGUUUUAUGUGACACUGAUAUACACCCCUUAUAUGAGACUAAUUUUACACUUUUCUGUGUGUGUAUAUACAUACACGUCAGAAAUUAUUGAACUGCAAAAGUCAAUCUUGAAAAUAUCAAGCUUGAAAUUUCAUAGGUAGAAAUAUUAACAUUUUUAUUGAAAGAUACUCAUGGGAUUUUCCAGAGGCUAAAUAACAUGCAAUCACAUCAUUGUUCUGAGGGUUAUGGAUAAUGGAAUAUGCGCUUGUACAUUCUUGUUUUUAAAAGGGCGCAGGUUUCACAUGGUCCAAGUGAGGUAAAACAAUUAAAAUAAAUAAAUAAAUGGUCUUAGGUUUAAUUUGUAAUAUGACAAACACUGGAAGAUACAACCCACAGGAAAUUCUUGGAAACAUCAAUACUUUUUUAAGAGUGUCAAGGGGUAUGAAGACAAAAAAUAUUGUCACUAGAGUAAUGUAUUGUUAACCUUUGUAAGAACUGAUCUCAGCAUGUACUCUUAAACUUUUGUAAUUACC